GUACACAUGGGAUGCAUGGCGCUGCUGGGAGCUCUUCAUCCGCCACCGCAGCGACCGGUCACAGAGCAGCAGCCCGUCGAAUCGGCGCCGGCCGAACCUUCAGCGCCGCAGUCGCCUGGACGUGGGACUCCCGAAGGCCGAGGAGGUCCAAGCAUCGGCAGGGGAAUUGCCUUCAUGCUCUGGGCCCUCAAGCCCCCAGAGCAGCGUGGUGCUCAGCGACUCUGGGGGAGUCUCCCCGGAAUCUGAGGCAUCGACACCAGGCAGCCCACGAAGGCGUCGCCGUGGGUCGGCGAAGCUUGAGCUAAGCCAGGUCUUAAAGCUGAGCGACGAAGUGGCGCUGGACUUGGACAUGGACCACAUUUACCUGGCGCUGGUGCCGUUCCUUUGGGGGCAGAUCUUCAUUGGCUUGCCAGCUUGGGCCAACAUGCUCUUCGGCGCCAAGGACACACCCGGAGCUUUGCGCUUCGGAUUCUGGCAGCUCCUCUACCGACUCGGAUACCCAGAGCCCUUGGCGAAGGACCCCCGAAAAACCUGUGCAGAGCUUCUGCUGGAGACAAGCCUGGCAAUCUACUUUCAGGAGCAGAGGGUUGGCGGCGAUGGCAGGAAGCUGGCCCACUUCAAGAUCCCUUCCGUGCCCCACCUCACAGGAGAAGAUUUCUGUACGAUCCAGCAUGAGGACCUGAGCCUGGAGCUGGAUUUGGGUGAGAGGCUGCUUUGCACCGCCAGCUACGGCGACCAGCAGAUCCGGCCGGACGAGACCAUGGUGUUACUGAACCUCGCUGUUAGCAUCAUGCUGCACCCCAUGCUGCAUGCCUUCGCCAACUGGUCCACUACUCCGGAGAGCCCAAAUGCUUACACAAGGCGCAACUCAAUCGUCACCGUCCUCUUCAACUACUACGGCAUCAAAGCCUUUGCGCACUGGUGCGACUUCCUUUGCUACUUGGGCCUUGGGAAGGUCAGCGGCCAGACUUUUGCCACUAUGGUCCGGUCCGGGAUGCGGCAGCAUGUGCCGCCGCAUGCACAGGUGUCGCUGCUGAUGCCGCACAGCCGCCUCGUGAACUUCACUGUUUGCGUUCGCAGCUACUUUCUCAGGAAGUUCCAGAAGUACCAGGGACAGUUCCCUGGCAUCGACGGUGAAGCACUUUUCCUGGCCACAGUACUGCAUCCCUUGGAACACUUCAACUUGGUGACUCUGCAGAGUGCAUAUGACAUGGUGUGCGCCAACCCCGCCUUUGAGGGAGACCUGCAACUCGUGCGGUCGGCCAUCAUCAUAACUUCAGACAAGCUUUGGCUCAGCCACCUCCUCUACGACUUCAGCUUCCGUAGCUCCUCACACGAGCUGUUUAAGGAGACCUACGAGCAUGCCGUACUGAUCGAUGAGGAGCUCGCAAACGAAAUGGAGUGCUGCGUCAUGCGCUAG